AAUACAGUAGUCAUAUUAAUCAUUACGUUAGUCGUGACUGUAUCUUUAAGUGUAAAAUAUGCAUGUAAUUAAAAUCUCGGACAGUUAAAGCUUAUUGAAUUCAAAACACUGGAUAUACAGAAGAUAAAUUCUGUUAGUGACACCACCAAGGCUGUUGAGUAUUUUCAUCUAAAUGGCCUCCUUUCAGAAUCCUGUAUUCAAGACUUAUCAAUCAUUGUCACUAAUUGUUGACUCAUCAUAUCUGCCUUAAGGCAGCCCAAUUAUUAUUUUAGCAAGUUAGAAAUGGCGUUGCAGUAGUAGCAGUUGUAUGCCCGUAAAGUAAAUAGUAGUGUCCUUUUUUUUUUUUUAAGAAUUGAAGUGAUAUCAUGAAAGUGAUUAAUUUUUGGUGCAAUAUAUACAAUACCUUUUAUCUGAAAAAGUUUAAAAUUAAGCAUUUUUUUUCAUUAUUGUUGAUGUCAUGUUUCUGAAGCAGUGUUUUGUCAACUUGAGCAGCUGUAGGAGUGGACAACAGAUCCCUUGAUCACCAUGGUGGACUAUUAUAAAGUUUUGGAAAUACAUCGAUCUGCCACAGUUGGGGAUAUUAAAAAGGCAUACCGAAGGCUUGCUUUAAAAUGGCAUCCAGAUAAAAAUCCAGAGAAGAAAGAAGAAGCAGAAAGAAAGUUCAAAGAAAUUUCUGAAGCUUAUGAAGUUUUAUCAGAUGAAAAAAAAAGAAGAAUAUAUGAUCAGCGAGGGAAAGAAGGGCUUUCAAGCCAUGGACGAAGUCACCACAGACGACAUUAUGGAGUGAACCCCAUGUUUGAUAGGGAUUUCAAUCACUUCUUCAGGUUUACAUUUCGUGAUCCAGAGGAAGUGUUCAGAGAAUUCUUUGGUCAUGAUCCUUUUGCAGGAUUUUUUGGGAGGUCUAGCAGUAUGUCUAGUAGAGGUGUAUCGAAUGCUAUUCAUAGAAGAGAAGAUGCUCUUAUGGGUUUGCCAAGAUUUGGGUUUAGGUUUGGAGCUUUUCCUGAUCUCUGUAAUAGUCCAAGUCUCAGUCAUGGGUUCAGCACUAGUUUUAAUGAUGGUCCACCAAAAACAGGAGUUAGGAGGACAACCACAUCCACACGAUUUGUAAAUGGAAAAAAGAUAGAAAAGAAAAAGGUUAUAGACAAUGGUGUAGAGACAGUGACAGCUUAUGAAGAUGGAGUAUUAAAGUCCAAGACUGUCAAUGGAGUUCCUCAAGCAUUGACGACUCAACAGUCAAAGUAGCAAAGUUAACUGUUUGAUAUCACGUGAAAAUGUUUGGAAAUGCUCCAUCCAUGUGUCAGUUGUAGAUUUUAUUGAUGGUUCUACAUUUUGAGUGUCAAUAUCAAACUUGAGGGAUGGGUCAUUUCAGUGAAUAUCCAUGUUAAGUUACUGUGUUUGUAUAUACAUCUAGAAGACCAAGUCAGCUGAAAGUCAGUUGUAGGUGUAAUGAAACUGUUUGCUAAUCUUUGUUUUGCAAUAAAGUAUUGAAAGAUCUGAUAGUUUGUUAUAUAUAUUAAUUUAGUGAAUUUCUUUUAAGAAUGUCAGUUUCUGAAAACUUAUUUUUCUCUUAAAAGGUCAGAGAAUGUGAAAACCCCUUAUUUGGGAAAAUGUCUAUCCACUUGUCAAACUUAAAUUUUGUUUCAUAAGAUAAUAGGUAGUAGGAGUAUCUUUGUCCUGCUGAUUCUUUAUGUGGCUUGUAUUGUUUGAACUGCAUGUUUCCAUACUUUAUUUCUGACUAAUGAAUACAUUUUGUGUUUACAUGACAGAGUCCCUGAAGUUGAUAAAAUUUGGAUACUUUCAUAUAUGUACUACAAAACUUUUGUGUGUUGGUUUAAAUGUUGUAGCAAAAUUCAUUGUGUUGACUCAUUCUUCAUGACAUAGAUUGUUAUAUGAAACAUACCCAUUUGUAUUGGAUGAUAAAUCUUGCAUCACAACCAGCCAAGAACUGAAGUUUCUGACUUCAUUGGUUCUAAUUAGCCUAGAUAGAACAGUGAUAAGAAAUAUAAAUGUUUCUGGAUUCACUACUUAUUUUUUUGGAAAGUGUCCAACAGUGUUUGAACAUUAGGUUUAGUGUUUUGUGCAAAUGUUGUUGUAAUUAAAAAGAAUAUGUGACCAUAUGUAAGGGAAAGCUUUAAGAUAGAUUGAGCUUGUACCCGUACAAAUUUAUGGAUGGAAUGCAUUUUCCAAAUGGAGAGAGAGACAUUUUUAGAAUGUUUAAUGUAAGUUGUUUAUAUAAUAGUCAUACGUUUCAGGUGGGCAUUGUGUUUCAGUGAACAUUUUAUUUUUCUAGCUGGUUUUCAGUUGCUUUGUGUCUUUAAAUCAACUUUUAUUUUUUAAUAUUCAAAUGUAUCAAAUGUUAUUAUCAAGAUGAAUAUAGAAAAGUAGCAUGUGGCUGUUAUGUUGUAAUGUGUUAGUAUUCGGUGACCUUCAAGCAUAAAACAAAUAUUUGAAUUCUAGGAUUAUUUAUUGGGUUUUUCCAUUAAUAAAGUUUGCUCACACACAUACUAGAAAAACACCUACUUUAAAAAGUGCCAAAUCUAUUAUGCUCAGAUUUUUCUCCUCCUUAAUUGUGUAUGGUAUUGGUAUGUGGUUAACUAAAAGGUGUAACCACUGACUAAGUAAAAAGGUUUGCUUGAUAGAUGUACCAUAAAGAAUUGUAAAGAUUGAAUUACUACAGCACUUACAGUUGCACUGGGAAAGUUGAGGACCUAAUCUUAUGUCAGACUUUUUCAAGAUACUUUUUAGUAAUGAGUAGUGUCAGAUAAACAGGUCUCAUUCUUAAAUUUUGUUUGUGGUGGGGGGGGGGGGAUUUCAAGUGGUAAAUUUCUUUUGUCCAGUCAGAGAGUAGUGGCACCUUAUCAGUAAGGUAAGGUAAACAAAAAAAAAACACAUUCACAUAAGAAUUUACAGUAGUUCUUACAGAGCCCAAAGUAUAAAAUUGCAAAUAUAAGCAAUUUUAUUAAAGAAUUUUAAGAAAUUGGUCACAGACAAAUUACUCUUCAUACAGUUUGAUUGAAAAAAUUAGCUACAGUUGUGAUUGGUUCAGUUCUUAUUGUGUCGAAAAUUGGCAGCUACAAAUAAAUACUACAAAACUGUGAUAAAUAUUGUUUUAUAAUAUUUUCAUUUUGUAGGAUGGUGUUGGAAAGGGAAAAUGUGUGUGCUUUUUUCUGAUUGCAUAUGUGCAUAUGCUUUAUUUAAAACAAGUUUAACUUAGCUUUUGUAAAUAUACUUUGUAAUUUAAAUGUUCAUUUAUAUAAUUUAAUGUGAAAGAAUUGCAGUGUGCUAGAAUUUGUGUUAAUGAAGCCUAUUUUAAAAAUUACUAAAAUAAUCUAAACAACACAAAUAAUAGUUUUUAGUUUAUUUUUAACUGAAUAACAGAAUUUUUAGUGAACGAAUAUUAAUAAAUAUAGUUUUAUAGGAUAGAGUGGUAAAAUUAGGUAUGAUUUAAGUUAGGUCCUUAACUUCUUAAUUAUGAAACAUUAGGAAUCACUUGAAAUAAAUAAUAAAAAAAUGUAAUA